AUGGGGAACAACACGUCACAAAUCCGUCGCUCGUCGGUCACCUACAAUGAGUCGAAUGUCCGGAGGUCCACCACGUCUUCUCAGCGACCCGAUCACCAGAAUCUUGAUGAGGAGUUCAGUGACCUCAUUCUUCACGAGGUCAAAAAAGAUCAAGAUAUCCGGCAACAGAAUCUAUUCAAUCAGUCUGUCGCGGUUCCCGAGUCACUAAACAGGCACCCUUCCCUCAAAUACAACCAGUUUCUGAACGAUUUGAUAGAAGAUGAGUUUAAUGAAUUGAAGGAUUUAAUUGAAACAGACGAGGCUGAACUUACCAGAAACAUCAUCCCUAACGACAAAGACGUCCAUAAAGACGAUGAUGAUGACGAUAUGAUUGGCGUGGACGAGAACGAUACCACUUUGGUGGUGAAUAACCACAAUGAGGUCGACGACAACAUGGACGUAGAUUAUGCUAAUCACGCUUCUGGUUCUACGACAGUUGAAACUGUCACACCUGAUUUGUCUUCGGUUGAUUUCACCAAGAUCGUCGCCAACGCAUCUCCUGGAGCUGCUGCCCGGCUGCCCGUGGGUGGCUAUAGGUCCAAGCCCACGGUACAACCCAUGACGAUCAACUCCAGUGGCAGUACCACCAAUAGCCAUGGGGGUAUUGUGGACGUGAACAGCAACGGGAUUGUACCAGUGGAGAUCAAGUGGGUCAAUGUGCUCAAGGAGAACAUCCAAAAAGUUUCAAUCAUCGGGUCCUUCUCCAAUUGGAGGAACAUCAUCCGAUUAAAACCCUUACCCCAUCUUCCAAACGAGUAUGUGGUGACAAUCAGAUUACCUUUGGGGGUUCACAAGUUGUUAUACAUCAUCAACAAUGAAUAUAGGGUCAGUGACCAGCUCCCCACCGCCACUGAUCUGGAAGGGAUUUUCUUCAACUGGUUUGAGGUUUUGGAUGGUCUGCACUUGUUCAAUCACUCCCAAAAUCAACCCGAUCGGAUAGUCUCGGCUUCUACAAAGUACGAUGCUAACAUCAUCCAAUCUGCUGGUCAGCAUGAGAUCGGAGAGAUCCAAAGAAAGUCCCAUAGCUUCCUAACCAAAAUCAGUAAAGAGGAUCAUCCAAAUGUUGAGCAUUUAGAAUAUAGGGAAGACCCUUACGAAGCUGAUGAAAUGCAACAAGAAAUGCAGAAAGAGUUGUUACAGCAAAAUCCCCUGGCCCAUGUUCCUGCGCUGGUCCACUCCUCGUCUCCUGACAAAAACCACCAUCCUAAUGAACCAUAUAUAUUAAUGUCGGACAACAAUUCGUCUUCGUUUUUGCUUCAGCAGCGAACCAACAAUCAGAUAGAGUAUUCUGGGGAAAUUCCUGAGAUAUUUGUCAACUAUAGUUACUUCAAAAGCCAGAAUUCCAAUUUCGAAUUGCCCGAACCUCCGCAGUUACCAGCUCAUCUUAACAACGUUUUGUUAAAUAAGCUAUCCAAUCACAACAAUAGCAAUACCCAGUUACCUGCCCACAAUACUUCAUAUCCUCCACAUACUCAUAAUUAUUCCUCAGACAACGGGACUAUGCCUCAAUUGGAUACAUUCAAACCUCCUAGUGCCUCAUUCAUGGGUGAGCUGUCGAGCAGUAAGAGGCCGCCAUUAAGAAGGGCUGACUCUUCAUACUACGCAUCAAAUCAAGAAGCCUAUCACCUUUCAAUCCCCAAUCAUGUAAUUUUAAACCAUUUAAUGACUACUUCCAUUAGGAAUGAUGUGCUAACUGUCGCUUGUAUUACCCGGUACUCAGGUAAAUUUGUAACUCAAAUAAUGCAUUCCCCAGCUGACUCAUUGUCAGGUGAAAGCUGA